AUGCUCUCAAUACCGCCCCGUCUUGACAUUCGUCACCCUUCUCCGACAACAGCUGAAUUCACCGUCACAACACUUCGGCCGCUUCCGCCAGCGCUGCACACUCUCAUCCUCCUUUCCCGCCUUCUUCUCUCCAUCUUUACCAUUCUGCUCCUCCAUGCACGCAUCACCCUCCACCCACUCCUCGCUCGCGCUGCGCCUUCUCUUCUGAAGAUUAUACUGCCCUCGUACCUUCGCGCUCCAACCUCGCUGGCCGCUCUCGCGCAGGACAUACCCCUUUCCGUUCUUGUUCCUGCGAGUAUAGCUGUGCUAUGGCUGUCCAGCCGGAGAGGCUACGCUAGCGAGAGCAUUCUUGUCAUGCGAGGGCUGGGCGUGCAGACGAGCGAGAGCCCUGGGAGCUAUCUUGCGGGUACGGCGACAAGAUUCAUACCGACCGAGAAGAUCCAGGAUAUUCUUGUUAACGAGGCGUUUCUCGGGUUCGAGGUGCGUUACUACCUCAUUGUUAUAGUCGAGGGCGAGGACGACGUGGUGGUUGUAUUUCCAGGCUUGCUACCGCGACGAAAGAUCGUUGAAGAAGUAUGGAGGGGUGUAAGGAGAUGCUUAUACGAGAGUAGAGCGGAAGAAAAGUCACAAAGUUGA